GCUAACAAUUUGUACAGUGCAUCAACAAAAGAACAAACAUGUCACAAAAGACUUACAGUAAUAAUGAUCAGUAACAGUGUUCGCUCCACUUUUUGACUUGUCAGAUGUGUUCUUGAAGCUUUCUUCAUACUUCUUGUUGUGAGGCUUUUUCUUCAAGAAAAAGAGGAGCUUUUGGAUUGAUUCGAUUUUACAGAUACAUAUAUCUUUAGAUUUUUAGAAUCUCCUCUGGUUCUUACGAAUCCGGUGGCCAAAUCAAGAACAAGAAACCAAAAUGGUUAGAAAAUAGAAUCAAACAUAAGAAUGAUCCACUCAAGACUCAACGGAUCCAAAGCGUUGGCUCCAUACAUUUGCCGGAGAAUUCGUCGGAAUACACAUCGGAAAACUAUAUGUAUAUAUAUUUUUUUUCCAAAGCAUUUCCGUAUAAAUGGUAAGGUGUAAAUGAGAUAUUAUUAUUAGUCAAACUUGAGAUUUAGUAACGAGAUCUUUUGCUUUUUAUUUGGUAAAGUGAAAUACUAAAUGUGAUUAGUUUAUGGACCAAAUUAAAAAAAAAAAAAAAGAAGAAAACGUUAUCUUUGAUGAGGAGAGAUCAGAUUCUAGAAAAUGCUCUCUCAUCAAACGCAUGUGACAUGUGAGAGAGAGAGAUGAGUUUUAUAAGUAUUAAUCUUUCUCUAUCAUUGAGCUAUUAUUACUCUCCUCAAACCCCAAAAAGGUUUCAUUUUUAACCCUCUUUUGAGAAUUUUUUGUUUCUGUCCAGGUUGAUCCAAAUCAUGACUUUCUGUGGAAAAGUUUAGUUUUUUACGUUCUUCUGAUCUAAAGUUUCCAUUUUUGUUCUCUGGGUUUUGUUGUUUUCUUAGUUUCCUUCACGUUGAGAACAACCAAUCUUUUAGUCUUCCACGGAAAUUAAAAUUUGAGUGAAGUUUCGACUUUCUAGCUACUUUGACCCAAUCUGUUUGUUAUAUCUCUCUCGUUUUCAUCGACGACUCUGACUUUGUUGAGAAGUUGAGUUUAUCUUUGAUCGAAACCCCACAAGAGAAGAAGAAGACGGAGGAAUCUGAUCUGCAAUUUUCUUACAGGGGAAUUUGAAAGACAGAUGGGAUCUUUCAAGGGUCAUGCUUUGCCUGGUACAUUGUUCUUGGUGGUUGGAGUAUGGCACAUUUGGAGCUCAGUUGUUCGGUUCAUAUCGAAUCCUAGUUCAUUUCGGGUUCGAGUUUGGCACCCUGUUCCUGGUUUUAACGAUAGGAUCAAGUACUUGGAGCUUUACGUUGUUACAAUUGGCUCAUUCAUUGACUUGUGCAUUGAGUUUUUGUACUCAACUCAUCUCAAGUUCUUUGUUAAUGGUGUUCUGAAUCCAUCUCACAUGAAUGAUUUCGAGCACUCUGGGAUGCUUCUCAUGUUCUUCAUGCUCGGAUUUAUUGCUUUGCUCUCCGAGAAAACAAGGUUACUUCCUCUGCCACAAGAAGCUCUGUGUCUAGUUGCUGCAACAGCUUUUACAGCAGAAUGUCUUCUCUUCUUCUUCCACUCCACAAGUCACAAAGGUCUUGAAGGUUAUUAUCAUCUCCUCCUUGUCUUUCUCAUCGGUCUCUGUGUCAUCUCCUCAAUCGCAGGAGCAAUCUGCCCUACGAGCUUCCCAGUAGAUCUAUGCAAUGGCAUUGCAAUGACUCUCCAAGGCCUCUGGUUUUAUCAGACAGCUUUCACUCUCUAUGGCCCUAUGAUGCCUGAAGGCUGCAGUUUAAAACAAAACUCUGUAGUUUGCAGAUCAGUGGACUCUGAAGUCUCUGGAGAGUUUCUAGCUAAUUUUCAGCUCUUCUCUUUGGUUCUUGCUGUUCUUGCCUGCGUUGUGGGUUCAUAUGUUUUUGCAGCUUCCAAAUAUGGAGUGAGUAGAUGAGAGACUUAGCAAGUAGUAAUUAGAAAUUUUGUUUUUCAUUGUUACAGAGUUUCAGAAAGAUAUAAAGAAAGUGACUUUGUUUUUUUUUU